GCAAGAGAUAUCACCUCGUAAAUUAGGAAACUUUGUUAGAAUAAGAAAGAGAUUAGACUCCUUCAUCCACGCAUCACAAUCCGCUUCACUUUUCACUUUCCACUUUCCACUUUCGCUAUUCACCACCGCUCCUUCCGGUAACUGGUCACCACUCACCAAUCCCUUUUAUUAUUCUCCUGCUUCUAAACUAAACACCACCAUCACCGGGUCACGGACUCAGAAAACAUACCAAACCAUGCAUUAUUCCCGUUUUAACCCUCGCUUUCUUCUCCAUUUCCCAAUCUCUGCCACUGAACCAAAACCCUUAAUCGGAGCUAACCAUACUUCAUCAAGAUUCUGCUCUCGAUAAAAAAUAUUCAAAUUAUUUCCAUUUUUAUUUUUAAUUUUUGUUAUAUAUGAAAAAGAAGUGCACGGUGGCUACAAUGGAACACGCCGCAGCGAAACCUAGCUCUUUCCAGAAUCUUCUGAUACGGUUACUUCUCACCGGCGUUUUCGUCAUCGCUGUUCGAUUUGCUUACGUCAUCUCCAUCGCCGGCGAGUCUUGCAAUGUCGCCGAUUUCUGCUUCUUCUCGUUGCCGGAAACAAUCAGUCUCGCUAUCUCAGGUAAUGAACCUCUCUCCGAUGAAUCAUCUUCCGGCGGCGCAAAUACUUCAUCGCCGGCCGUGGCUUUUUACUCGUCAGUUUUUCGUGACUUGAUUGGCGGAGGUUACUUGACGACGGAGUCGAAGUCGCUUUGUGUUGAAACCGUUACCGGACGUGAUGUUUUUGCUCUGAGAGAAGUCGGAGUGAAAAACGCCGUUGGAAUCGCGAGGAAAUCGGUGAAACCGCUGGUGAAAUCGGGAAGUGGUGAACGGAUUCCGUUUGGUGACGGUGAGUUUGAUUUUGUAUUCUCCGGUGAAGGCUCGUUUAGGAAGUCGGCGAAGCCGGCGGUGUUUGCAGCGGAGAUUGCUCGGACGAUGAAACACGGUGGAUUCGCGGUUUUUCAUUUCACAAACCGUAAGGAUACGUAUAGUUUCAAUUCAUUUCUUGAUUUGUUUCAUUGUUUCAAAGUAGUGAAAUUGCAUGUGUUAGAAGGGUUUGAUUCUUCAAUGCCUUAUAUACAUGAAACUGUUUUGAAGAAUGAGUGUGUUGAUUAUGAAAAAUUUGAUAGUGAUUAUUAUUCGAGUUCGAAUGGAAAUUGUUACGUUCCGGGGUAUAAGAAAGAUUUGGUUAGAAUUGCUGAGCCAUUGAUUGAAAAGGAACCAUUGAAGCCUUGGAUUACAUUGAAAAGAAAUUUGAUGAAUAUAAAGUAUCUUUCUUCAAUGGUUGAUAUAAGUUUCAAGAAUAGGUAUUUAUAUGUUGAUGUUGGAGCUAGAAGCUAUGGUUCUAGUAUAGGAUCUUGGUUUAGGAAACAAUAUCCUAAGCAAAAUAAGACAUUUCAUGUGUAUGCGAUUGAAGCCGAUAAGCAUUUUCAUAAGGAGUAUGGGUUGAAAAAAGGGCUUACUUUGGUUCCUUAUGCUGCUUGGGUGAAGAAUGAGACUUUAGCUUUCGAGAUUCAUCGUGAUCCGGGGGAGCAUGUUGAGGUUAAAGGAAGGGGGAUGGGUAGGAUUCAACCUUUGCGGUCGAUAGGGAAGGGGUUUGAUGGGGAGGUGGAGAAGAUAAAGGGAUUUGAUUUUGCGAAUUGGUUGAAGAAGACGGUUUCGAAGAAUGAUUUUGUUGUGAUGAAAAUGGAUGUGGAGGGUACUGAGUUUGAUCUUAUUCCGAGGUUGUUUAAAACCGGGGCGAUUUGUUUGAUAGAUGAGAUUUUUCUUGAAUGUCAUUACAAUAGGUGGCAGAGAUGUUGUCCUGGGCAGAGGAGUUCGAAGUAUGAGAAAACUUAUGAUCAAUGCUUGGAGCUCUUCAAUUCUCUUAGACAAAGUGGAAUUCUUGUUCAUCAAUGGUUUUAAUUUCCUCAUAGGUGAAAUUUUUCUAUACUUGUUCUGUAACUUCAUUGUAUCCUUUUACAUGUUUCUUCUUCAAAAUCCGAAUAUUUCCCCUUCCCCUACCCUCUCUUUACCUUUUUACCGUAGACAAUAGAGAUUAGAAAAGAUUAGUGUGUUUCAAAUUUCUUUCCAUGUAAAAGUUGGAAUUGAAAAUCAAAGCAUUUAUUUAAAUCAACUGUAUUUUCUGCACA